AUUCACCCAGCCUGGCCCCGGACUAACUCUGCGGGAGCAGGGACCCAGGAGCUGGGCCCGGCUCCGCCUUGAGCGGCAGGAUGAUUCCGGUGGCCGAGUUCAAGCACUUCUCAGAGCAGCAACCUGCCUUCAAGUUGCUCAAACCCUGGUGGGAUGUGCUGGCUGAAUACCUCACGAUGGCUAUGCUCAUGAUCGGUGUUUUUGGCUGCACCCUUCAGGUGACACAGGACAAGAUCAUUUGUCUACCUAGUCAUGAACUCCGGGAGAACUUAUCUGAGACCCCAUGUCAGCAACUGCUGUUGCAGGGGGUCCCCGAACAGAUGGGGGGUCUCCAUGAAGUGAGUGGCCUCAAAAACAACCUGGACCUGCAGCAGUACAGCUUCAUUAACCAGCUCUGCUAUGAGAAAGCCCUCCACUGGUACCCCAAGUACUUCCCCUACCUGGUUGUCAUUCACACACUCAUCUUCAUGGUUUGCACCAGCUUCUGGUUCAAGUUCCCUGGCACCAGCUCCAAGAUUGAACACUUCACCUCCAUCCUGGGCAAGUGUUUUGACUCACCAUGGACUACAAGGGCCCUGUCUGAGGUCUCAGGGGAGAACCGCAAAGGCCAUACCACUGGACAAGCAACUAUGACUGUGGUAGCUGAGGCAGAGCCAGGAAAAGCAGGGAAGGGUGAGAAAGAGGUGCUGACAGAGCCUGAGAAAGUGGUGACUGAGCCACCAGCUGUCACCCUGUUAGACAAGAAGGAGGGUGAGCAGGCUAAAGCCCUCUUUGAGAAGGUCAAGAAGUUCCGCAUACAUGUGGAAGAGGGGGACAUUUUAUACACCAUGUACAUCAGGCAGACAGUGCUCAAAGUCUGCAAGUUCCUUGCCAUCCUGGUCUACAACCUUGUCUACGUGGAGAAAAUAAGCUUUGUGGUGGCCUGCACAGUGGAGACUUCAAGGUUCACAGGCUAUGCCAGCUUCUGCUGCAACCACACCAAGGCCCACCUCUUCUCCAAGCUGGCUUUCUGCUACAUCUCCUUUGUGUGUGUCUAUGGGAUCACCUGCCUCUAUACACUCUAUUGGCUCUUCCACCGGCCCCUCAAGGAAUACUCCUUCCAUUCCGUGCGGGAGGAGACCGGCAUGAAUGAUAUCCCCGAUGUAAAGAAUGACUUUGCCUUCAUGCUGCACCUCAUCGACCAGUACGACCCACUCUACUCCAAGCGCUUUGCUGUCUUCCUCUCUGAGGUCAGUGAGAGCCGACUGAAGCAGCUCAACCUCAACCACGAGUGGACACCUGAGAAACUUCGGCAGAAGCUGCAGUGCAACAGCAAGGGCCGGCUGGAGCUGGCGCUCUGCAUGCUCCCAGGACUUCCUGACACCAUCUUUGAGCUCCGAGAGGUGGAGGCACUCCGCCUGGAGGCCAUCUGUGAUAUCACCUUCCCCCCAAGCUUGUCACAGCUGGUGCACCUGCAGGAGCUCACCCUGGUCCACUCACCUGCCAGGCUGCCCUUCUCCUUGCAGAUCUUUCUGCGGGACCGCCUGAAGGUCAUUCGAAUCAAGUGCGAGGAGCUCCGUGAGGUGCCCCUCUGGGUGUUUGGGCUGCGUGGCCUGGAGGAGCUGCACCUUGAGGGGCUCUUUCCCCCAGAGUUGGCUCAGGCAGCCACCCUUGAGAGCCUUCGGGAGCUGAAGCAGCUCAAGGUGCUGUCUCUUCGGAGCAAUGCUGGCAAGGUCCCAGCCAGCGUGACUGAUGUAGCCAGCCACCUGCAGCGGCUUAGCCUGCACAAUGAUGGGUCCCGCCUGUUGGCCCUUAACAGCCUCAAGAAGCUAGCGGUACUGCGGGAGUUGGAGCUGGUGGCCUGUGGGCUGGAGCGCAUCCCCCAUGCCAUCUUCAGCCUGGGUGCACUGCAGGAACUUGACCUCAAGGACAACCACCUGCGGUCCAUUGAGGAGAUCCUCAGCUUUCAGCACUGUCGCAAGCUGGUCACACUCAAGUUAUGGCACAACCAGAUUGCCUAUGUCCCUGAACAUGUGCGUAAGCUGCGGGUCCUUGAGCAGCUCUACCUCAGCCACAACAAGCUAGAGGCCCUGCCACCUCAGCUGGGCAUGUGCUCUGGCCUCCGCCUGCUGGAUGUCACUCACAAUGGGCUGCACUCCCUGCCACCUGAGCUGGCUCUCCUCCAGAACCUGCAGCACCUGGCUCUCUCCUACAAUGCCCUAGAGGCCCUGCCCGAUGAGCUCUUCUUCUGCUGUAAGCUUCGGACGUUGCUCCUGGGCCACAAUCACCUGAGUCAGCUGUCAUCCCAGGUGGGGAACCUCAGUGCCCUCAGCCGCCUGGAGCUCAAGGGCAACAGGUUGGAGGCACUGCCAGAAGAACUGGGCAACUGUAGAGGGCUCAAGAAGGCGGGGCUUCUGGUGGAGGACACCCUUUAUGAGGGCCUGCCAGCAGAGGUUCGGGAAAAGUUGGAGGAGGAGUGAAGCCAGGGAGGGGUAGGUUGAGGUAGAGCCUUUCUGGAUGCUUCAGUCCCAAAAUCUCUACCAUUGUCUUCAAGGAAGGUGGGCCCAGGCCAGGGAGGAGGAGCAGACAUGCCAGCUUGUGGGGCCCAGGCAAGAUCCUAGGACUGGUUUAUCUGGUGAGAUGGUAGGCUGUGGAUUUGGGGUGGAACGUCAUGGAAGGAUUAACUCAGGCAUAAGAUUCUCAGAUCAAAACCACACCUCUGUCUUUGCAUGGCUUGCCUGCCCCAGCCCUGGGCUAGAACUGCUUCCCUCCCCCUAAAAAUUCUAGCUCAAUCAGUGCCACAAAAAGGGGCGGGACACAUACCAAUUGGAUUUCAAUUCUUUCCCCCCCACCAAACAGCUUACCUCAGGGGUUCUCUCCUAAGAAGAGACACAGACACAAAGGACCAGCACACACUGCCCCCACUUUGACCUUAAGCCCUUAUAUACCGACAUGUGAAUUCAGAAACAGGGUUCUCUUAUUUGGCUAUGCAUCAAAAUCAACAUUCCCAGAAAAUAUCCCAGGCCCCACCCUGAAAGACUGACUCAAGAACUUUGGCUGGAGGCCAGAAACUUGCCUGUAAAUAAGCAAUCCAGGUAAUUCUGAUGCAUGUGGUCCUAGGCCUGUAUGUUGGAAAAUGAUGACCUACAGAGGAGAUAUCUGGAUACCUAGAGCAGGGAUUCUGAACCCUUUUUAGAUUCCUAAACCCUUGAGAAUCUGAUGUAAGCUGGGGGCACCUCCUUCCUCAGGAAAAUGCUUGUGUAUACAUUCGUGCACUAUUCUGCAAACAAUUCCAGGCAGUCAACAAAUUUCCCCCAAUCCCUAAGGGCUAUUCAUGAAUAUCCUAAGGGCUGUGGAUCCCAGGUUAAGAACAUUUGCUGUGGAGGGUAUAUUUGUUAAA